AUGGCUUCUCUUUUACAAGGAGGCUGUGCUUUGGGAGUUCAUGGGCACAGUGGCAUGCCGGCUGUUCUGCAUGGUAGUUUUCUGGAGAAGUUAAGGAGAUCUGGAAUCACUAAUUGUCUGGUUUCAAACUCAUGUAUGGUUUCCUACGAGGAAUACAACUAUACCCAAGUUCUGGACCAUUUUGGAUACAGACCAGAGAGCUAUCAAACCUUUCCUCAACGAUAUUUCAUAGACAAGUCCAGCUGGGGCGGCGCCCAAAACAAUUCUCCCAUAUUUGUAUGGUUGGGUGCGGAAAUUGACAUUACAUACACCUUAGAUGUGGGCAUCAUGAUAGAUCAGGCUCCUAACUUCAAAGCUCUUGUCGUGUACAUAGAGCACCGUUAUUAUGGGACGGCAAUGCCAUUCGGGGGUGAGAAGGGAGCCUAUGCAAACGCGAGCACAAUGGGUUAUUUCACAUCGACGCAGGCCUUGGCCGAUUAUGCGACCCUCAUUGUCGAUUUGAAGAAAACAUUAAAAGCUGAGGAUUGUCCAGUUGUAGUGUUUGGUGGUUCCUAUGGGGGAAUGCUAGCUGCAUGGUUUCGCCUCAAGUAUCCGCACCUAACAAUCGGCGCCCUCGCAUCAUCUGCUCCUCUGCUUUACCUCGACGGCAUCACUCCCACUUAUGGUUAUGGCCGCGUUGUCACCGAAGAUUUCGGAAAUGUAAGCGAAAUCUGCUAUAGAAGAAUUAAUGAAUCGUGGGAUAUGAUAGACAAAAUUGCGUCUAGCCGUCAGGGCUUGCUGAACCUAAGCAAACUAUUUAACACUUGCAAACAUGUUAGCAGAAAGAGCGAUCUUCAGUAUGCGCUUGAAUCAAUGUACAUCUACGCAGCACAGUACCAUUUCGAAGAUGUCCAAGGAAUAUGCAAAGCCAUCAAUAGCCUACCUGGAAACGAAAGCACUGUUCGAAGAAUAGCUUCUGCAACAAAUUACACAUCCAAGGGCCAAUGUUUGGAUUUGAAUCCAAUCGAUAUUCCCGGAUGGGAAUGGCAGACAUGCACUGAAAUGGUGAUUCGACGGAGCAAUCCUCCUGGUAAGACAAUGUUCCCGCCCUCCCACUUUGAUAUCAAGGCCUACGCUAAGUAUUGCUACCUUAAGUACGGUGUCCUAACACGCCAACACUGGGCAACUACUGAAUUUGGAGGACAUGACAUAAAAAGAGUGUUAAAAGAUUUUGGAAGCAAUAUCAUUUUCUCCAAUGGGUUGAGAGAUCCAUGGAGUAGUGGUGGUGUGUUGGGAAAUAUUUCUGAAAGCAUUGUAGCUAUCAUCACCAAUGAGGGAACACACUGUCAAGACAUUGCGAAGCCAGGUGCUAGUGACGAUCCAACCUGGUUGAAAGAACAACGACGAAAAGAGCGUAUGUUCAUCCAAAAAUGGAUUACUGAUUAUAAAAGUUGA